AUGAAUAAUCAAGAAUCUCUUGAUAAAGUCUUACAGCUAGGAUAACAAUAUGAAGAAUAGUAUUAAAUCUAUUUCAAAGUAGGAUCUAACAAAGAAAAUAAAUAUAAAAUGCAAUUGAAAUUGUAAAUCAAACUGAAUAGCAGAUUUUAAAAGACAGAAAAGAAGUUGAAAAAUACCUAUAACCGAAAUGAUAAAUUUGAUUAAAUUAUACAUUUGAUGAAUCAAUUCAAAGAUUUAUCACUAUAUGCAUUUCGACAAUCUGCGUCUAUUUUACCUUAUUAAGUUUAUUUUAUUUAGAAAGAAGAUAAAGCUUCUUUAAUUUAAGUUUAUUUCAGCAAAAAAGAAUACAUCUUCAUCUUUUUUUGCUGUGGUUUAUAUAAUGCAUAUAGUGUUUCUCUACAAUGA